UUGUCCCCGGAGUGUUUCGUCCGUUUAUCUAACACGUCCCGGUGGUUUCCGUUAACUCACGUGCUGCUGGUCGCAGUUGCGUCACGCGAGCUCAAAUGACACGCCGAAGAAAGAGCGCAGGCAGGCACGGACGCGCGCGCGAGUGAAGAAAGAAGGGGAAAAAAAACCAACGGUUACUACACCGCCACCGAAACCGCCUCAACAUACAUGACGUUUUCUCUACUUUCCUAACAAUAUUCCCUUCAUAGACGAACAAGACCGUAUAAGGCAGAAUAUCUGGGAUGGAUGUGAAAGAUCAAGGAGCGCAGAUGGAGCCGCUGCUUCCUGCGGUUCAGAGUCCUGCUAGUGAUAACGGGAGAAACGAUGAGGAAGCUGUGCUGGACAGGGGCGGGACUCGGUCCAUGCUCAACACAAAUUUCGAGAAAGAGGAGCUAGAAGGCCACCGUACCCUCUACAUUGGGGUGCAUGUACCACUGGGUCGGAGGUCACACAGACGGCAUCGUCACCAUGGACAUCGCCACAGGAAGAGGUCACGGGAGAGAGACUCUGGAACCGAGGAUGGCAGAGAAUCACCUUCAUAUACAGACACACCGUCUCAGCGUGUACAGUUCCUGCUGGGAAUGGAGGAUGACGAGGAACACAUUCCUCACGCUCUCUUCACAGAGCUGGACGAAAUCUGCCUGAAAGAGGGAGAGGAUGCGGAAUGGAAAGAGACGGCGAGGUACAAAUACACGCACACACAUCUGGUUUUGGACCAGCACGAGAUGUCAGUUUCUUUGGGAGAGGAGGUGAGGAAGAAAAUCCGAAAUGCUCUCCUUAAACAGCACCACCAUCAGAACCAGAAGAAACUGGCUAACCGGAUCCCCAUCGUACGCUCUUUCGCAGAUAUCGGCAGGAAGCAAUCCGAACCGCACUCCAUGGAUAAGAAUGGUCAGAUGGUGUCUCCUCAGGCUCAGCCCACCACUACAGAAGGACGUGCGGAUGGCAGUCGUGAGAACAGUGCUGUUGACUUCAGCAAAAUAGACCUCCACUUCAUGAAGAAGAUCCCACCCGGAGCUGAGGCAUCCAACAUCUUGGUGGGUGAACUGGAGUUUCUAGAGAAACCUGUGGUGGCCUUCAUCCGUCUAUCCCCCGCUGUGCUGCUCAAUGGCCUGGCAGAGGUCCCCAUCACCACCAGGUUUCUCUUUAUUCUGCUGGGGCCAAUGGGGAAAGGGCCUCAGUACCAUGAGAUUGGCCGCUCAAUUGCCACGCUCAUGACAGACGAGGUGUUCCAUGAUGUAGCUUAUAAAGCAAAGGAUCGUUCUGACCUUGUGGCAGGAAUCGAUGAGUUUUUGGAUCAGGUGACUGUGCUGCCCCCAGGCGAGUGGGAUCCUACCAUCAGAAUAGAGCCGCCCAAAAACGUGCCCUCACAGGAGAAACGGAAGGUUCCUCCUCUGGCCAAUGGAGGGGCUGAUCUGGGGGAGGCCGAGGAGCACGGAGGCCACGGAGGACCAGAGCUACAGCGCACAGGGAAGUUUUUUGGCGGUUUUUUUCUGGACAUCAAGCGUAAGGCUCCUCAGUACCUGUCAGAUUACACAGAUGCCAUCAGUUUGCAAUGUCUCGCCUCCUUCCUUUUCCUGUACUGCGCCUGCAUGUCUCCUGUUAUCACCUUCGGAGGUCUGCUGGGAGAAGCUACAGAAGGACGCAUAAGUGCAAUAGAGUCUCUGUUUGGAGCCUCUAUGACGGGUAUAGCAUAUUCUUUGUUUGCUGGGCAGCCCCUCACUAUCUUGGGUAGCACGGGACCUGUCUUGGUCUUUGAGAAAAUCCUCUUCAAAUUCUGCAAAGAGUAUGAUUUGUCCUACCUCUCCUUACGCGUGUGUAUUGGUCUGUGGACGGCCUUUAUGUGUCUUGUGCUGGUUGUCACAGACGCCAGCUCACUGGUGUGUUACAUCACACGAUUCACAGAGGAAGCCUUCGCUUCCCUCAUCUGCAUCAUUUUCAUCUACGAGGCUCUGGAGAAACUCAUUCAUCUGGGAGAGACGUACCCUUUCAACAUGCACAAUGACCUCAACCAGCUCACUCAGUACUCGUGUGUGUGCACAGUGCCUGAAGAGCCCAGCAAUGCCACACUGAAUUACUGGCAGGAAAAAAACAUCACUGCAUCUGAUAUUGACUGGUUAGGCCUGGAUGUUAAGAUUUAUGUUCAUUUUCUAGCACUUACUCUAAUUUUGUGUAUUUCUAAACAGGUGAGGGCCAUUAUCAGUGAUUUUGCUGUUUUCAUCACCAUCUUGACUAUGGUUCUGAUUGACUACGCUCUGGGGAUCCCGUCCCCCAAACUACAGGUUCCUAAUGAGUUUAAACCAACCAGAGAUGACCGUGGCUGGCUCAUCAGCCCAUUAGGACCAAACCCAUGGUGGACCACUAUUGUGACCUUCAUCCCAGCUCUGCUGUGUACCAUCCUCAUCUUCAUGGACCAACAAAUCACUGCCGUUAUUAUUAACAGGAAGGAACACAAGCUGAAGAAAGGCUGUGGGUAUCAUCUGGACCUGUUUGUGGUGGGUGUGAUGCUGGGCGUUUGCUCUUUGAUGGGCCUGCCGUGGUUCGUGGCUGCGACGGUGCUGUCAAUCUCCCACGUGAACAGCCUGAAGCUGGAGUCCGAAUGCUCUGCCCCUGGAGAACAGCCCAAGUUUUUGGGCAUCAGAGAGCAGCGCUUCACCGGCCUUAUGAUAUUCGUCCUUAUGGGCAGCUCAGUGUUUAUGACCUCCAUACUGAAGCAUAUCCCAAUGCCUGUGUUAUAUGGCGUUUUCCUCUAUAUGGGAGCGUCGUCUCUCAGGGGCAUACAGUUCUUUGAUCGUCUGAGGUUGUUUGGGAUGCCGGCGAAACACCAGCCUGAUUUUAUCUACCUGAGACACGUCCCGUUGAGAAAGGUUCACCUGUUCACCAUUAUCCAGCUCAGCUGCUUGGUGCUUCUCUGGGUCAUCAAAACUUCCAGAGCUGCCAUAGUCUUUCCUAUGAUGGUCUUAGCCCUUGUGUUCAUCCGUAAGCUGUUGGAUUUUGUCUUCUCUAAGCGAGAUCUCAGCUGGCUUGAUGACCUCAUGCCCGAGAGCAAGAAGAAAAAAAUGGAAGAUGCACAGCAAGAGGAGAAUCAGUGUGUCUUGAUGGAGGAUGAAGGAAUUGUACAAGUGCCCUUAGAGGGGCAUUUUAAGGACGAUCCAUCCACAGUCAACAUUUCAGAUGAGAUGACAAAGUCAUCUUUUGGAAAUAUCUGGAAAGGCCUCAACACUGACAGCACCAACAAAGAUCAAAGCUCCAAAAGCUCAGCAGUUGAAGUUGCCAUUGAACAUAAAAGAGGUGAUGAAGAGGAGGAGGCAGAUUUGGAUAGAGAGACGAGUUUGUGAGUUCACGUAUUUCGAAACACUCUGUAUCGUGCCACACUGCAAGCACCACUAAAUGCUUCUGUUCUGUAGGUCUGUGUGUGCCAGUCUGUGCUAAGGCACCUUGUUAUAUUUACAUUUUUUUUAUGUGUGUGUGUAUGGAGAUGUUUGUUUCGAACAUUUGAAUAUGUGUGUUUGAAUUUGCCGCCCACAAGGAGGAUUGUUGGGUUGUGUGUUUUUCCAGUCCAAUUGUAGUCAAAUUGUAGUUUCACCUAUAUAUAGAACUUUAAAAAAUGUAAGGUUACUUUUGUUUUCAACUGGGUAGAGUGUUUUUUGUAUGUUUUAUAUAUAUUUUUUAAAGUAGAUCCUAUUGAAAUUCCUUGUCUGAAUAUGUUUAUUAUAUAAAAUCCAUUCUUUUUUGUUAUGCAUAAAUGAUAAAUAUUAAUUUGCUGGCAUAGCUAAAAUAUCAUAAUAGUUAGAAGCAAUUUCUGACAGAAGAUGCAAAUGUAGUUCUAUCAGCUUUUUCAGUGUCUGUGCGUCGAAAUAUUCUCCGCAUCACUUCAUAAGAUACUUGAUGUUAACAUUUACUACUUACGAACAGUGACCAAUAUUUUUAAAAGUACUUUUAUGAACAGUUUUCUCAUUUUGUGAAUCUUAUGGUACGAGUUCCCUAAAAACGCAAACAUAUGAGCCAGGACUGUGCUCGUUUUAGCCUACAAAGUUUUCUCCUGAACUUCUUGAUAUGAAUCACAUCCAUAUUCAGAAAAGUCAUGUGUUGAUCUGGACUGUUUUCUUUUUCUUUUUUUUUUUUUUACAUUUUUUUUUUUUGAAAAUGAUAUUACAAAGCUUUAUCUCAUUUUGUGUAGCACUCCAACAUGCAAAUAAUAGUAAACAUAUAUUUUGUUAAAACAUUGCAAACAAUAUAACUGUAUAGUGCGUUUUCACAAUGUUUCUGAGUGUCAGGGCAUCUGUCUCCUCUACAAGACUCAUUUGCAAGCCAAGAAGAGACCUCAUCGCUCGAACGAACGAACGAAUUACACUAGUACUGCCGAUAAUACAAAAAUCAUACAAGAAAUGCAAUAAUAUUCCUUUUCAUAAGAGGGGCAUUAUACCGUGCACUAACCAGAGACAAAUCUACCAUUUAUCAUCAACACAUGUACAUGUGAUUCUGUAUUUUGUCUAUGUGUAUAAUCCUAAAUAACAAAGUUAUGUGGAUAGAUUUAAAUAUGUAUGGGGGGGGGGAGUUUUUGUCAGUGUUAUUACAGUGUUUUGCCAUUUUCCACGUUGGUUGACAAAACUACGACACGCACAUCUACAGUGGGUACGGAAAGUAUUCAGACCCCCUUAAAUUUUUCACUCUUUGUUAUA